CAACGACGACCUCGUCUGUAUAAAUUUUUGAAUCACAAUGGCGUAGCCGUAGACGUUGAAUGCAACUACACCUGCAAUUUUGGUUUCCAAGGCAUUGGGAGUCGCUGAUCGCGGUUUUCAGGUUGCCGUUUGGAUCCUUGCUUCCACUCGGCUGGUUCGUCUUACUUGAUCGUCUUUCAGGAUCCGCGUGCUAUUUUCGCUAAUUUUGGUUGGAGGCCCUGGAACAAGAGUUUGAAGGACUGAUUAAUUUAUUGAAGAAAUGGGUUGGAGAAACAUGAUUUCUUUGUGCCCUACUCCGAAUUUCAGGAAUAUGUUUCAGGGUGGACCAAAUGAGAUCGAGCUGGGAUGCCAGCAUACAAUCAAGUCACAUGGUGGACAAGUUGCAAGGACUCACAAGCAUGACUGGCUGAUACUCAUUCUUCUCGUGGUCAUUGAAAUUAUAUUGAAUGUCAUUCACCCAUUUCGUCGAUUUGUUGGGAAAGGCAUGAUGACUGAUCUUAGAUAUCCUAUGAAGGACAACACAAUUCCCAUAUGGGCAGUCCCUAUGUAUGCUAUCUUGCUGCCCAUUGCAAUUUUUGUUUUGUAUUAUCUUCGGAGGCGAGAUGUGUAUGAUCUUCACCAUAGUAUACUUGGACUUCUAUUUGCUGUGCUUAUAACUGGAGUUCUCACAGAUGCGAUAAAAGAUGCGGUUGGACGACCUCGUCCCGACUUUUUUUGGCGUUGCUUUCCCGAUGGACGUGAUGAAUACGAUCGCCUCGGAAAUGUGGUGUGCCAUGGUAACCCAAAGGACUUAAAGGAAGGAUACAAGAGUUUCCCGAGUGGCCAUACUUCAUGGUCAUUCGCGGGUCUCAGUUUUCUAGCAUUAUACUUAUCUGGAAAAAUCAAGUGCUUCGAUCGCAGAGGACAUGUGGCAAAACUGUGUAUUGUUUUCCUCCCAAUUCUCACAGCAUGUCUUGUUGGCGUUUCUCGUGUGGACGACUACUGGCACCACUGGCAAGACGUGUUUGCUGGGGGCCUCCUAGGCACCGUGAUCGCUACCUUUUGCUACCUUCAGUUUUUCCCGCCUCCAUACAACACAGAAGGUUGGGGAUCUUAUGCUUAUUUCCGUGCAAUGGAGGAAAUUCGAUCGGGGUCUGGUGGUCAGCCCGGGGUUGGAAUUCAAGAGCAAGGAAUGAAUAAUCAACAGCCUGUAAUAAACAGCAAUACAGCAGGAGCUGAUCAGAAUGUGGACAUGGACUCAAGCUUUGAUGCCAUGGAGUCUGGAAGAAGACAACUUUGAAAAUACUGAGAUAUGGUAACGUUGUUCAACUUUGUUUUAUUGCACAGAUAUAUUCUUUGGGUUUGUUUUAGCGUUUUGUACAGAUAUUCUCUGUACAGUUUAUUUGCUUCUGUGAAGACACAUACAAACAUACAUAUACAUACAUGUUUGUUAAUAUUUUGUAGUUAUUUCAUAACUAUAUCUAUUUUGCCCUCCA